AUGUCCGCUAAUUCCAGACUGGGCUCUUCAUUCAGCAACCUUUCCGUCCUGCCCAGGGUUGAUCGGUCUGCUGUGUGUCGGGGUCAAGCUUCUGGCCUGGCUGGUCUAGAACCUGGGUCCUUUGCCUCUCUGCCCACCUCACGAUCCCGGCCCCCACCAGCCAACCCUAUUACUGACUGCCGGAUCGACCCCGGUGUUUGUGAAUUGAAUGGGGGUAUUCGAGUGACGCCUUUGAUGGAGGAUGAAAAUGAGCUUAGAUCAGCGCAGUACACCAACCGUGAGCAGGUCUCAAGACCUGGAAGAGCUCGAAGUUGGUUGGCAAGAGCCGCACAAGCGGAGACUCCUCGUAUGAAGGCGGUGAAACGAAAGUCAGCAAAGCGUCUGGAGCGUGCUGAACGAGCCGAGGCAAAGGCUGGUCAAAUCGAACAGCUACGUCGCGACCUCGAGCGGGCAGGCUCUGAGCGCAUAGAGGAAGUACAGCUGAAUGGUCGGGCGAAGUUAGCAGAGGAGGAGUUACGUUUCAUGCGACAGAGGCAUAACCUGAAGAAAGGUGAGUAA